GCUGCUUUGGGCUGAGGUGGCAGAUGGUUGUGGAGGCGAAGUCGGAGCCAGUGGGAAAGGAUGAAUGGACCAGCGGGACUCUCGCGCAUUGACCGUCACGAGCGAGUUCUCAAGUUAGGCGAGAGUUUCGAGAAGCACCCACGCUGCGCCUUCCACACUAUACGCUAUGAUUUCAAACCUGCUUCUAUUGACACUUCUUGUGAAGGAGACCUUGAAGUUGGCAAAGGUGAACAGGUGACAAUAACUCUGCCAAAUAUAGAAGGUUCAACUACACCAGUAACUGUUUUCAAAGGUUCAAAGAAACCUUACUUAAAAGAGUGCAUUUUGAUUAUUAACCAUGAUACUGGAGAAUGUCGACUAGAGAAACUCAGCAGCAACAUCACUGUAAAAAAAACAAGAGUUGAAGGAAGCAGUAAAAUUCAGCAUCGUAUAGAACAACAGCAUCAGCAAAUGCAGAAUUCAACAAGCAUUCCCAAUCUUGUAAAACAUUCUCCAUCAGAAGAUAAGAUGUCCCCAACAUCUCUAAUGGAUGAUAUUGAAAGAGAACUGAAAGCAGAAGCUAGUCUAAUGGACCAGAUGAGCAGUUGUGAGAGUUCAUCAGAUUCUGAAAGUUCUUCAUCUUCAAGUAGUGAGGAUAGUUCUAAUGACUCAGAUGAUGAAAGAGGCAAAACCUCUCCUUCUGAUCCAGGGAAAUAUAUCUCAGGACAUCCUACCAUGUCUGCCAUACCACAGUACAGAACUUCUGAUGUAGAUACUAGUCAUAAUAGAUUUCAUGACAACAGUGGCCUUCUAAUGAAUACUUUACGAAAUGAUUUGCAGCUGAGUGAAUCAGAAAGUGGCAGUGAUGACUAAGGAAAUUUUUAGCUAUAAAUAUAACAUUUUUAAGGCAUGUGAUAAUUUAUUUUGUAUUAAGAAUAAAAACUAGUAUGGUAGGAAAAUAUGCCUUAACUUUUUAUGAUAAAGGAAAUUAAAUUCAAUUCAUAAUUUU